AUGGAGUUUGCAGAGUCGAUUCUGUGGGCGCAGGACAUUUUCUGUCUCGAAGACGAGCUACACUCGACUCCUGGUUCUCGCCUUGUAACCAACACACAGCAUGCGUGCGAGGGAACGAUCUACACCGUCCAAAAGGGCGAUACUUGCCAGUUUAUUUCAAAGGCCAUGUCAGUGGCCACUGACAGGUUGAUUGAAAGAAACGGUCUGACAUAUACCUGUUCUGACCUGCUUGAGGGGAGGAAUCUCUGUAUAGAGGAUGCCUGCGAGAUUGCGAGAAUCGAGCAAGGCCAGACUUGUCAAGACUUUGUCAAGUGGAAGUGGUUUAGCACGAUCCAGCUCCAGUCAUGGAACCCUACACUGAAGCCGUUGUGCAACAGCCGACUUAUUCCCAACUUGGACGCCGUUGCUGGCCGUUAUAUCUGCAUCGGUCCCCCAGGCGAUUUCAAUAGUCCAGAGCCAUCACCUACACGACCAGUAAAGGGGAAAUGGAGAAUAGAAGCCCCCGUGUCCACCAAACCAUCGAAAACCAUCAUGAACUCAACACCCGUCACCACAACAGAGCCUUUGGAACCAUACAAGACUCACCUGUCAAAGAUUGACGCCAGCCCCGAAGCCGCAAACUCGAAAGCAGAGUGUCUCAAGUACUGCUGGCUCACGAACGAGACCUGGGACUACACAUUGGACACCGAUGGUCCACCAGAAGACUGCCAGAGCCUAAUGGAUAUAUACUGCACCUUUCCAGAAAGACCAUCUCCAACGGCGCCGUCCUCUAUCCCCGAGACAUGUACACCCGGGAGCGACGUUGAUGAACUCUGA